AAAUCUUGAUGUGAAAUGGGUACAAACUUCUACAAACUCCUUUUUGACAUUUCUGAGGCUUUGGUCACAGAUGACCUUGCGGCCAUGAAGUUUCUCAGCAUGGAGCACAUCCCCGUGAGGAAGCUGGAAGCCAUCCAGGAGCCCAAGGCCUUCUUGAGAGAGCUGCAGGAGAAAGGCAUGAUACAAGAGGGGAACCUGUCCUUCCUGAAGGAGCUGCUCUACCGGAUCAGUCGGAUCGACCUCCUGGAAACCCUCCUGGGCUCUAGUGGACAGGAGGUGGAGAGGGAGCUUCAGAUCCCAGGCAGGGCAAAGGUGUCAGCCUACAGGCAACUGCUAUAUGGAAUUGCAGAGGACUUGUCUCCAGAAGACGUAAAGUGCGUGAAGUUCCUGCUCCGAAAACGAAUACCCAACAGCAAACUCCAGGAUAAUGCUUCAAUGCUGAAGGUCUUACUGGAAAUGGAAAGAAAAGCGUUAAUUAAAGAAGAUGACCUGUCAAUGCUGAAAGAUAUAUUAAAGGGAUUUAGAGCUGACAUCACAAAAAAAGUUGUUACCUUUGAAGAACAAAAAAAAGAAAAUGAUUGUAAGGAAAAACUCCUCUAUCCAGCGCCUGUAUCUGUGCAUCCAGCAAGGCAAACAGCAGAGAGUGAGACACGACACCUGUCUGUGGAAUCAUAUAAAAUGAAAAAUAACCCUCAUGGUUACUGUGUGAUUCUUAACAACUACAUUUUUCAAAAUGCGUGUCAAAUCAGACAAGGAACAAUUGAAGAUGGAGAGGCUGUGAAGAGGGUCUUUGAGUGGCUUCGGUUUGAGACAGUUGAGCACAUGGAUCUAGAAGCAAAGCAAAUAUAUGAGAAAGUUAAAACAUACAGUGAAAAGGAUCAUAGUCACAUGGACUGUUUCGCUUGCUUCAUUUUUUCCCAUGGUGAAAAAGACAAAAUAAAAGGCGUUGAUGAUCAGUUUGUAAAUAUUAAAGAUUUAGUCUCCUGCUUCAGUGGAUCCAAUUGCCCUUCUCUUGCUGGCAAACCCAAGCUGUUUUUCAUCCAGGCUUGCCAAGGCUCUGUCGAUCACCCACCUGUCACAGUAAAAGAAGACUUUUAUGGCCAUCUUGAGAUGGAUGCUACCCCUCUGAUUUCCAUUCCUGAUGAGGCUGAUAUUUUGGUUGGCAUGGCUACGGUGGAACACUACAAGUGCUAUCGCUGUACAAACACUGGAAGUGUUUAUAUACAAUGCCUCUGUGAAAAGAUGAAGUUGCUUUGCCCACAUGGCAAGGAUCUCCUCACCAUCCUGACAGAAGUGAGCAAGGAAGUGGGAAGAAAAGAUUUAAAUGGAUGGAAGCAGAUGCCAAAGAUAACAUCAACCCUACGGAAGCAAUUGAUCUUCCAAAUUCCAUAAUGUCAGUCAGUCAAAAUGGAGAAAAAUAAGAAUACCCUUGGUUAGGAAUCACACCUGAAAUGGGCUUUCACGGGGAAAGGAAUUUGCAAGUGAAAUUAUCCUGAUUUGGAUAUUUGGCCCCAGUCAUUCAAGGGGCCAUUGGAUCUAAAUUUUCUGAUUCCCACGUUUCAUCAGUCUCCUGAAACCUGGAUCUGCAGCAAGCCUGGGAAGGCUCCAGAGGAGUACAGAUCUGACUUUCUGUCCUGCAUAGCACUGGGGUCUGUUCAAUCUGCACUUCAAGGGAGGAAGCACCUGCAAGUGUAAUGAUUUUUUUUUUAGGAGUUAUUAGAUGCAACAGAAGUCCUAUUUCUGUCCAAGUUUUUAUAAGUCCCUGAAAUCUGCAGAAAAGAACAGAUGGAUUCAGAAUGCUGAUCCCUUCCCAGGAAGCAUGUGCAAGAUUGUAACUGACUUAGCCACAGGUGAAUCAUUGGCUGUCUCUGGAGGCUGUGUAAUUUUUCAUGGAAAAUAACAUGCUUGUGCAGAAGGACCAAAGAAAGAAGAGAUGAUUAUGAUAAUACAAGUUUGGUUAUUUUUCCUCCAAAUAUUUGGGUUCCCUUGGUUUUAAUUUACUUGGCUAAACAGCACUGCUGGUUAGGUUUUUUAAUAAUAAGAGUUCUUGACUGUGUUUUCUGUCAGAGCUCUGAGGUGACAGUCAGUUCUGAAUAGCUCUUAACUUCUGGAAGGAAGGUCCCACUCCACUACAGAAUUACAGAAUCACAGAAUAGUCUGGGUUGGAAGUGACCUAAGAAGAAAGGUCACCUAAAUCAGCAAGCAGGGACAUCUUCAACUAGACCAGGUUGCCCAGAACCACAUCCAGCCUGACCUUGAAUGUCUCCAGGGAUGGUGCAUCCACCACCUCUCUGGGCAACCCGUGCCAGUGUUUUACUACCCUCAUUGUAAAGAAUUUCUUUCUCACAUCCAGCCUGAAUCUCCCCUUUUUUAGUUUAAAACCAUUACCCCUCAUCCUAUUGCAGCAGGCCCUGCUAAAGCGUCUCGCCCCAUCUUUCUUAUAGCCUCCUAUUAAGUACUCAAAGGCCACAAUAAGGUCUCCCUGAAAUCUUCUCAAGGCUAAACUACCCCACCUCUCUCAGCCUUUCCUCAUAGGAGAGUUGCUCCAGCCCUCUGUUCAUUUUUGUGUCUCUUCUCUGGACCCUCUCCAAUAGGUCUUGUACUGAGGACUUCAGAGUAGGAUGCAGUACUCCAGGUGGGGUGUCACCAGAGCAGAGCAGCAGAAUUAGGUCCACUGCUCUGAGAUGCCUUCUCCCCCUGGCAACUGACUCUAGCUUCUGUGGACUGUUGUUUCUGUCGUAAUAAAUACUGUCGGUUUUCA